AUGGAAACCCUCACUACCCACCCAUCCAAUGCACAGCAGGCUACAGCGUUCACUUCGCCUGCAUCACUAUCGUUCCCUGGCGGAGCUGUAGCAAUGACAAUACCUGGGCAGCAGGAGGGUAAUGGUGUUGACCCAGGCGCCAGUGGAGGUGCACCAAUAACACCCUUCAGUUUGCCCGAUACUGCUGGGCAAGGCGUGUCUGGCAUAGUUCCAACGCUCCACUUGAGGCUUAAAGAUGUCCGAUCAAGGAACAUCGUCGCCACUGUCAAUCUCGAUUGCCGCCUGGAUCUCAAGACAAUAGCACUUCACGCCAGAAACGCAGGUAUUCGAGAACCCAAGACUACUGCUUUGAUCUUCGCUUCGGGCAAGAUGGUUGUCACCGGCGCGAAGUCAGAGGACGACAGUCGGCUAGCCAGUCGGAAAUAUGCGAGGAUCAUCCAGAAGCUUGGGUUCAACGCCAGAUUCACGGACUUCAAAAUUCAAAAUAUCGUUGGGUCCUGCGAUAUUAAGUUUCCAAUUCGGCUGGAAGGGCUAGCCAGCAGACAUCACCAUUUCUCCUCAUAUGAACCGGAGCUCUUCCCUGGAUUGAUAUACCGCAUGAUCAAGCCCAAGAUAGUACUGUUAAUCUUCGUCUCUGGAAAGAUCGUCUUGACAGGUGCCAAGGUGCGCGAGGAGAUAUAUACAGCCUUCGAGAUGAUCUAUCCUGUGCUGAACGACUUCCGUAAGGUCUAA